UGGAUGAGUCAAGGCACCAGUGUCGCUCUUCUCGCCCCGUAAGAAACGUCAUUUCAAGUUCGCUCCUCCUGGACUAGGAAAAAGAUGUAAAUGACUGGACGUGGUUCCCUGAAAGUUGCGACAGCAGAUGUUACCCAGCACUGGAAAGACAUGGACACCACACAAACACUCCAGUCUGUCUGCUAAGUUGAGAGUGAACGAUAUUUUCGACGAAGUCCCCCAAGUAUCUUCCACAAUCUACACGAAAAUGAUGUUGCCGACGCUGUUUUCACUCCUUAGUGUGCUCUGGUGGGCGACCUCCCUCCCGCUACUAGCUUUAGCAGGAAAGUGUGUGCCAAGAAAUCACUCGAUACCGGUGGAGACGCGUGGUUGGCCUGUGUUAGCCGCCUUCAAGAUGCCGCCCAUGAAGGAAGCCAAUUUCCAGCUGGGUCUCUCUCGCAAGCACAACACACACACCAACUUGACACUCACCACCAAGGGCAAGCAAGACGAGAUGAUGUUGGUGGAGAUGGUGGUAGAGAGCCAGAAUAGGUCAAUCAACACGAGCCUGAUGGUGCUGCUCAUACCGAACACUUGGAGCACACUCAAGAUCAAUGUUCACAAAAACAAGCUGGUGGUGACAGUGGUCGGGGAGACCAACGCUCUGAAUUACACCACCCGCAUUCUAUUGGACUUUCUGCAUCAUCAGGGCGUCGACGCCGUCACCUCUUUCUGCCCAUCCACCUGCCUCGCCGAUGUUGACCUACAGUGCCUCUACGAUACUGGCAACAGGUCGAGUGAGCCAACAGUGAACCAAAAGGAAAGCGAAGAUGAAUCUAAGAGUCAAGGCAUUCCUUCCUGGCCUUUCUUCCUUGUUUUGUUCCUGCUGGUGGUGGUAUGUUUCCUCUUUAUGGCUUGGCGUUAUCAACGCCAUCAGAUCAAAAUGCAGCGUCGGCUACAAGCACAGACUGAGGCCACUAUGCAGAGGAACAGUCAAGGACGACCCCAAACAGGGAACUUUGGGCCCAGCAGAGAGAGCAACCAAGAGACGAGGGUGGAGGGUGAGAGGCACAUACUGAGCGAUCGUGUGCAGUACUCCAGCAUUCUUAUGAGCUUUGACGGUCCCUACAGCGGUGAAGACGAGGAGGAACACACCCCUCACAACCACUCACUGCCCACAGCACCAACAGUAAGAACAAUGUGUUGAGACCAACCUCAAACAACUGGCCGUGAAGUCCUUCAUCUCAAACCAAAAUGAUCUGCUGUGUAUUUAUCUCACUCCAAACAAUGAUCUGCUUUUAUUUUAGGUGUACUAUGUUGUGAUUAACACAGAUAACUUUAUACAAAUAGUUUUGUGUUUAAUCAAACCAGUGGCUUGACAUAGUGGAAUAAUGACAGUGUUUGUACAUGUUAUCAGAAACAAUCAUUAUUCAAUUGGUACGACGGUAUAGUUUACAGAGUGAAACAUCAACAGCCAAAAGAAAGACAAAAUUGAGAUGAUAUUAAUAAGUUUACUAUAAAACAAAGUGACCUGUUGUGUGUCACCAGUACCCCGUCGACUGAGACUCCCUGGGUGACACCAGUACCAUAGUGACUGACAGACUCCCUGGGUGACACCAGUACCCUAGUGACUGACAGACUCACUGGAUGACACCAGUACCCUAGUGACUGACACUCACUGGGUGACACGAGUACCCUAGUGGCUGACAGACUCCCUGGGUGACACCAGUACCCCGGUAACUGACAGACUCUCUUGCCGUAUUUAUCAAUGAUACUUAAUAAUUGUCAUUAAUUUAGCCGGUCCUCUACAAGAAAUAAAACAUGAGUCGGUCCACAACGGUGACUAUCAGGACAUUGUCACGUCUUCUCUUUACUGGCAUUGUCAACAUCUCUAGCACGACACUAUUUACUUGGUACAGACAAUAAGAAAAAUUGCUAAAAGGGGUCAAGUAUUACUGACAAUCAUUGUGAGUGUGCAAUCAUUUCCAUCGUGUGUGGUUAGAGUUGAAGACUUGCUCAAAUGAUUGGAAUCACUCAUAUUUUGUCGUGAAUCAUGACGAUUGCGCAAUCAUACCUGGCGGUGUGUGGUAAUGAAUGCACAAUUUCCUUCCUUUUUUCUUUGGCCCCUCCGUUUUCAGACGAAGGAUAAUUGCUAUGCAUGCAGCCUCAGCACUCAUGUUGUCUAUCCGCGCCACACACACUAACCGAAGAUUGUGCGAUCUCUACUGUAAGUGAGUGGCCAUAACCAAUGAUUGCACAAUUACAAUGAUUUUCAGUCACGCUUGACCAUUUGUGGGGCCUUAACGGUUUGAACUACUGUACCAACAACACUGUGAAACAAAUUUAGUUGUUCAAUCUCAACUGUCAACAAAUAAUACUUGUGCUGUCGCCAACACACCCGGCAGCACAAGAAUGGCGCCCAGCUCAUGGACUUAUUCAAGGAAAGCGACAUCACCGUGUGACAACUGAAAUUAUAUUUCUAUCCCUAACAACCCUGACAUUUGACCCGAAAAUUAAUAAGACCCAUGAUCAAUGUACUACUUAAAUUGAGUUGUAUGGAAAGUGGCGUUAAUGUGUGGAAAAUUAACUGAUCUUAAACACCAUUGAUUGAGUUUUGAGUGAAUUCAAUAAACUCCUUCAAUUCGACCGCAGCACGUCACGAGCUUUGUAACCAUGGCCAGUUAUUUAUCAUAUAAAUACGAUAUGCAACUAGCUCACGUGGUUAUCAUAAAGAGCAUAUACCCUUCAUUUGUUUGCUUGACACACGUGUGGCAGAGGAAGAAUACUAACAUCUUAUCAAAUUCGCUUUGUCCCGGUUAAUCAGUACUGUAUCUAUUAUUAAUUUAUAUGCAAAUUAGAUGACUGAUUGCAUAAAAGUUUAUAUUUAUAAAUUUUAUGUGCUGACGCUAAUCCAUGAACAUAAUAUUAUUACAAAAGUUAGCAAUGUUGUAGUUGAACGUUCUGUAGACACUGAUUCAACUUGUAUCUUCUGCUCACUAAAAACAGGACUUUAGACAAUUUAUAAGACGUGUUAAUAUAUGAUAUCGAAACAAGCUGACUGAUAAAUAUAUUUAAGGCUAUUCUUCCUUAUUGCUGGACCUGCGAAACCUAUCAAUCCUAUACAUUUUACUUCAUCAUCUUCGCCACUGAUUGGCUUGUUAAUAAAUGACUUAACGCCGUGUUCCUAUGUUUGAUGAAAAUGGUGAAUAGACCAUGUGUAAACUUCACAUCUGCAGAUUGUCAAGGGAAGGAUCGCAGCACUGGGUCUGGCCAGAGGUUAGCCGUCAAUUGGUUAGGCACUUUGAUGUAGCUAGAUGAGAAGCAGCUUAUCUGAAUCACACAAUUGGCAGACUGACUCGUACCCAUUUUACCAUCGAUCUUUUCUUAUUUCUGGCUAUAAAAAACACAAUGAAUAAUGUUAUUUCUUAUAUAUCUUAAUGUUAUUUAUUUAUUUAUUUAUAAAUCUAUGUAUUCUUUAGUUAUUCAUUGUUGUUUAUGACGAUUAGGAAAAAUUCGGUUAGACCCAAAAGUCUGUAGAAUAUAAGGUUUGCUCACGUAUCAAAGAAAGGGAACCUGUCGCCCUCGAAACAUUCUUUGUGCCCACCUCUCUCUGACCGAGAUCACAUACGAUGACUAAAUUUUAGCCUGAGUAAUUGUCAUUACUAUUGAAAUUUUGCUAACUAUCUUCAUAAUGUGAAAUUACAUAUGUGUACAGUUUCUUUCGGUGUGACCAGGAAAAUAAGAGUGGGCUGCAUAAAUAGCUUUCGGUGCUACUAUAGCGUGCGGUCUACAAAGAUAUCUUUAGUCUAACCUCACCUAAAUAUCUGCUGGCAAUUACUGGGCAUGCACUGUAGCUAAACUAAUACUAUAGGCUUACCUUUUAGACAUGGCAGUUGUAAUGUUGGUAAUACUCCAAUCUUAAUCCUUACAAGUCUUCUUGGUACAGUACUGGUAGUUCAAGCAGUUUCUAUUUCAAAUUCUCAAAUGCACUGGCCACAAAAUGCAAGCUGCACACUUCAGUAUUUUCGGCAUUUAUAAAGUAUUUCCUCUUGCACAACGACUCCAUCUUCUUAUCAGUUCUUUAUCCUUCGGAAAGCGAUGGAAAGUUAUAUCACCUCUGUUUCUAAUUUGUGAUAAACAUAAACACCGAAAAAACUGCAAGUGCUCGGCAUGUUUGUUGUUGAAUUUUUGUGGGCAAUCAGGAAAAACGUGACGCCAUGAGCUCCAAGGUCCCAUUUUCUUUGAUGCGUGAGCCGACCUACAGAGAAAGUUACGGGCUUUAUAAUGUGUUGUACCAGGGCGGACCUGGGGGUCCGAAAUUCCGAAUCCCCCCUUUUCCGCAGAAAAUUCCAAUACUUCUUUAACGCAGUACUGUACUCAGGCGUUUUAUUGUAUAGUAAAAAUUGACAAAUAUUGACCUCAGAAUAUUUCCUAAUAUUAAAUGCACAUGGCUUCAAAAUGCACAUUACAGUAUACUGGUCAGCGCUCAAAAAAAAAAUCGUGGGGGGGGGGAGGGGAUCUGACAGCACCACCCACACCCCCUCCUAGCUGGGUGGGCUCGCUAUGCUCGCCACCACAACUUUUUGA